AUGACCAGCAAAUCCAAGAUCGCUAGCAACAUCAAAGUCAGCUCAUCUGACCCAGCCAGCCAUUUGAGAUCUUUAUGCCAGCUCUUACAGGCUUCUAAAGGCAGAGAUGGUGCUGGCCGUGUCAGUUCAAGUACAGAUGAAGGUGAAAACUAUGAGCAGAGUCCAUUACGAAGAACUUUUAAAUCUAAAGUGUUGGCUCAUUAUCCAGAGAAUGUGGAAUGGAACCCUUUUGACCAGGAUGCUGUUGGGAUGCUCUGCAUGCCCAAAGGGCUUUCCUUUAAAACACAGUCUGACAACCGAGAUCCACAAUUCCAUUCGUUUAUCAUCACCCGUGAAGAUGGUUCCCGCACCUAUGGAUUUGCCCUCACAUUUUAUGAAGAGGUGGCUAGUAAACAGAUCUGCAGUGCAAUGCAAACUUUGUAUCACAUGCAUAAUGCAGAACAAUAUGACAUUCUUCAUACUCCGUCUACAAUCUGCAUAAACUCUUCUGAGAGCGACUCUGCUAAGUGCAGUGAUAUACCUACUGGCAUGACAAAACUACAGCGUUUCAAUUCUUAUGAUAUUAGCAAGGACACUCUGUAUGUUUCGAAAUGCAUUUGCUUGAUUGCACCGAUGCCUUUCAUGCAUGCUUGUAAGAAGGUGCUUGAGCAACUCCAUCAAGCUGUGACUUCUCUUCAACCUCCACCUUUACCACUAGAAAGUUAUAUUUAUAAUAUACUGUACGAGGUGCCUUUGCCACCAGCGGGGAGGUCGUUAAAAUUUCUGGGUGUAUACAGUCCCAUUGUUUGUCAAAGGCCAAGCACCAAUGAGUUACCACUUUUUGACUUUCCAAUUAAUGAGAUGUUUGAACUAUUGGGUCUGGAAAAUGUACUACAGCUGUUCACCUGUGCAUUGCUGGAGAUUCAAAUCCUGCUGUAUUCCCAACAUUAUCAGCGACUGAUGACAGUAGCAGAAAGUAUCACUACAAUACUCUUCCCCUGUCAGUGGCAGCAUGUGUAUGUCCCUAUCCUCCCUGCAUCGCUCCUUCAUUUUUUAGAUGCUCCUGUUCCUUAUUUAAUGGGUUUACAUUCGAAUGGGCAGGAUGACCGGUCCAAAUUAGAGCUACCACAGGAGGCAAAUCUGUGCUUUGUGGACAUAGACAACCAUUUUAUUGAACUUCCAGAAGACUUGCCACAAUUUCCAAAUAAACUAGAAUUCAUUCAAGAAAUCUCUGAGGUUUUAAUGGCAUUUGGGAUUCCACCUGAAGGGAACCUGCACUGCAGUGAAAGUGCCUCCAAGCUGAAGAAUUUUAAAGGAAGUGAUGUGGUCUAUGAUAAGAAGAAUGGAAAUGUAGCUGGAUCAGCACUGAGCACUUAUGAAUUACGAAAGGAAAAUGAAACCAUAGCAAAAUUGCAGGCUCUUGUCAGAAGGACUGGUGUCAGUUUAGAGAAGCUGGAAGUAAGAGGGGAAGCUGGAAGUAACAAAGAUUUGAAGGUUCAUUGUGACAAGGAAGAGCUGAAGAUUCAUCAGCUUAACAUCCAGAUCAGAGAAAUCUUUGCCAAUCGUUUUACUCAGAUGUUUGCAGAUUAUGAGGUGUUUGUAAUUCAGCCAAACCAAGACAAAGAAUCUUGGUUCAGCAAUCGGGAACAAAUGCAGAACUUUGAUAAGGCUUCUUUCCUUUCUGACCAGCCUGAACCUUACCUGCCAUUCCUAUCCAGAUUUCUUGAAACACAAAUGUUUGCUUCAUUCAUUGAUAAUAAAAUAAUGUGCCAUGAUGAUGAUGAUAAAGACCAAAUCUUAAGGGUAUUUGAUGCUCGAGUUGACAAAAUCAGAACUUUGAAUGUUAGAACGCCAACGCUCCGUACGUCAAUGUAUCAGAAGUGUACUACCAUAGAUGCAGCAGAGAAGGCAAUUGAAACGAGACUUGCAAAAAUUGACCACGCUGCUGUACACCCUCACCUGUUGGAUAUGAAGAUUGGGCAGGGAAAAUAUGAAUCUGGAUUCUUUCCCAAACUGCAGUCAGAUGUGCUUUCCUCUUCACCAGCCAGCAAUAAGUGGGUAAAACGGAGUGCUCCUGCCCAGUGGAGACGAAAGGACAGACAAAAGCAACAUACAGAACACCUGCACCUGGAUAAUGAUCAAAGAGAGAAAUACAUACAGGAAGCUCGGAACCUUGGAACAAGCAUGCGUCAGCCUAAGCUGUCUAACCUGUCUCCAUCAGUAAUUGCACAUACCAAUUGGAAGUUUGUUGAGGGCCUAUUGAAGGAAUGUCGUAAUAAGACUAAGCGCAUGCUAGUAGAGAAAAUGGGGAGAGAAGCAGUGGAACUGGGUCAUGGUGAGGUGACUAUCACAGGAGUGGAAGAAAAUACGCUGAUUGCCAGUCUCUGUGAUUUGUUAGAAAGAAUAUGGAGUCAUGGCCUACAAGUCAAACAAGGCAAAUCAGCACUGUGGUCUCACUUGCUACAUUACCAAGAGACUAAGGAGAAAAAAGAAACUGUGUUGGGAAGCACCAACAGCUCAGGAAUCAUCCAAGACCAGGAGAGAAGGAAAUUUGAUUGUCUUGCCAUGCCCCCAUUAAAGGUCUCACUUACCCAGGAUAUGAGACACAUCCAAAACAUUGGUGAGAUCAAAACUGAUGUGGGAAAAGCUCGAGCUUGGGUGAGACUUUCUAUGGAGAAGAAACUGCUGUCCAGACAUCUCAAGCAGCUUCUCUCAGACCAUGAAUUAACAAAAAAACUAUAUAAGCGCUAUGCCUUCCUUCGCUGCGAUGAUGAGAAGGAACAAUUCCUUUACCACCUCCUUUCAUUCAAUGCAGUAGAUUAUUUCUGCUUUACUAAUGUGUUCACAACAAUCAGUAAGUACCCACUGAUACACUAA